AUGCACAUCAUGUCAACUCCAAACAGUUUAAGAAGCUUUAAUUUUCCAUCAAUAUUUGCUCCACCGGACUUAUUAUUUCCACACUUAUGGGGACUGGAAGAUAACUACAGUCAGGCAUCUUCGAUAGUAUCCUCCACAUCAAUAUUGUCAUCACCAUCAUCAUCAUCAUCAUCUUUAUCUUCAUGGACAUCCACCUUGUCAUCUAUGUGUCAUAACACAGUGGCUUCAUCACCUCAUAUGCACUCCCCAUCAACUACACAUGUACCCAAUUUGUCAAGUGCAAAGAGAUCAUCUGCAUUUCAUCCUCUACCUGUUAAUUUAAGUACAGAAAUGAGUAUUUUAGGCAAAAGACACUUCCCACUGAAUGAUACAGAAUCCCUUUUCAAAAAUUCACCACCAUAUGAUCGAAAUUUCCUACAAGAACAUUAUGCUAAUUAUGAUCAAUUGAAUCAUUAUGAAUCACAGAUACCAACAAAAAUGUAUUUAACUGAUGAUGUUGAUAAUUUCUGUGGAAUAACAUCAAAUGAUAAAACUAGAGAUAAAAGAAACAAUAUUUCAAUGUUUAAUUUUAACUCGCACAUGAACACUGAACAAAAGUAUUUGAAAUUAAUGAAAGAAAAUGACUCCAAUAUAACUACCACCGCUGCUACCAAUAUUAGUUAUAUGAAUAUUAACGAUAAUUGUAAUAAUAAAAAUUAUAAACAUGAGAAAACAUCCUCAAAGUUUACAAAACAGACAAAAAAAUGGAAUAAAUAUUCGAUAAGUAAUGAUAAGGAUACUAACAACAGUAAAUAUUUUGAAAAAGCGCACCAAACCAAUGAGUCUCAACUUGAUACAAUUCAAAUUGACAUAAAUGUUGAUGAUAAAGGUGGCGAUUUCAAUGAGAAUGACAAUGUAAGACAUAAGCGAAGUCGACGAAUUAAUGAACAACCCCCUGUUGUAGAGGAUGAAAACGAUUACGAUGACGAUGAAGACGAUGACGAUGAAGAAGAAGUUCACGAUGAACAUCUUGAAGAAUAUGAAACAGAAAUCAAUUCAAAAAAUGGACAAAAUAUGGAAUGUGUUGUGUGCGGAGAUAAAAGUAGUGGUAAACACUAUGGUCAGCAUACUUGUGAAGGAUGUAAAAGUUUUUUUAAGCGAUCAGUCAGACGUAAAUUGAAUUACACUUGUCGGGGAAAUAGACAAUGUCCUAUCGAUAUACACCAUCGUAAUCAAUGUCAAUAUUGUCGUUUUCAAAAGUGUAUUAAAGUUGGAAUGCGUAAAGAAGGUUGGUUAAUGUUUUAUUCAUGUUCGAAAACAUUCUCACAUUUUAUUAUUUGUACGGUAUACUCAAAUAGAUUGAGUAGUCUCCGAGAAAGAGGAUGUGCUAGAUAG